UGCCAGGAGCGCAGCCGCCGCCGCCGCCGCCGCCUCCGCCGCGUCCUCUCUCAGCCUUGCGCUCCGCCCGCUGUCUCUGCCGCCGCAGCCCGGCCCAGGAGCGCAGAGCCCGGGGCACUGGGCCCGCAGCCUACCCGCCCUCCGGGCCGCGUGCCGGCUGCAGCCGACAUGGGGGGCCACUAAGAGCGAGCACUCUUUCCCUCUGGCACCUCCCGGGCCACUGGCCACUGGACCCCGGCCAGCGAGCCUCGGGCACCUCUGGCCCCCAGUCCGGCGCCUGGCACAGCCCUCCGCUCUGCCUCUCAGGCUCUGAGCAUCGUGUCCCCGCCCCCCCCCGCCCGCCCCUGGGACACCUGGGUCCCCCGGCGGCCCCGAGGAGAGGGGCGGGGGGGGGGGGCAUGAAGCCGUUGGAGAAAUUUUUGAAGAAGCAGACGUCGCAGCUGGCGGGGCGAACGGUGGCGGGAGGUCCCGGCGGGGGUCCGGGAAGCUGCGGCGGGCCUGGCGGGGGCGGGGGACCUGGCGGGGGCGGCGGUCCAACCGGAGGACUGCGGCCGCUGCAGCGGCGUCAGAGCGUGUCUCGCCUGCUGCUCCCCGCUUUCCUCCGGGAGCCCCCCGCCGAGCCGGGGCUGGAGCCGCCCCCUGAAGAGGAAGGGGGAGAGCCGGCGGGGGUCGCGGAGGAGCUCGGCAGCGGGGGGCCCUGUUGGCUACAGCUCGAGGAGGUGCCGGGGCCCGGGCCGCUCGGGGGAGGGGGGCCCCUGCGCUCCCCUUCCUCGUACUCCUCUGACGAGCUGUCCCCGGGCGAACCCCUGACCUCCCCGCCCUGGGCCCCCCUGGGCGCCCCCGAGCGGCCGGAGCAUCUUCUGAACCGGGUGCUGGAGCGGCUCGCCGGAGGGGCCACCAGGGACAGCGCUGCCUCAGAUAUUCUGCUGGAUGACAUCGUCCUCACCCAUUCUCUCUUCCUCCCCACGGAGAAAUUUCUGCAGGAGCUACACCAGUAUUUUGUUUGGGCAGGAGGCAUGGAGGGCCCUGAGGGGCUGGGCCGGAAGCAGGCCUGUCUAGCCAUGCUCCUUCAUUUCCUGGACACCUACCAGGGGCUGCUGCAGGAGGAAGAGGGGGCCGGCCACAUCAUCAAGGAUCUGUACCUGCUGAUCAUGAAGGAUGAGUCCCUUUACCAGGACCUCCGAGAGGACACAUUGAGGCUGCACCAGCUUGUGGAAACAGUGGAGCUAAAGAUCCCAGAGGAAAGCCAGCCACCCAGCAAGCAAGUGAAGCCACUCUUCCGUCACUUCCGCCGCAUUGACUCCUGUCUGCAGACCCGAGUGGCCUUCCGGGGCUCUGAUGAGAUCUUCUGCCGGGUCUACAUGCCUGACCACUCUUACGUGACCAUCCGCAGCCGCCUCUCGGCGUCUGUGCAGGACAUCCUGGGCUCUGUGACAGAGAAAUUGCAGUACUCGGAGGAGCCUGCGGGGCGUGAGGACUCCCUCAUCCUGGUAGCUGUGGCUUCCUCUGGAGCUCGUUCUCCUGCAGAGAAGGUCCUUCUCCAGCCCACUGAAGACUGUGUCUUCACCACACUGGGCAUCAACAGCCACCUGUUUGCCUGCACGCGGGACAGCUUUGAGGCCCUGAUGCCCCUCCCUGAGGAGAUCCAGGUCUCCCCCGGAGAUACAGAGAUCCACCGAGUGGAGCCCGAGGACGUUGCCAACCACCUUACUGCCUUCCACUGGGAGCUCUUCCGAUGUGUGCACGAGCUGGAAUUCGUGGACUACGUGUUCCACGGGGAGCGCGGCCGCCGGGAGACGGCCAACCUGGAGCUGCUGCUGCAGCGAUGCAGCGAGGUCACGCACUGGGUGGCCACCGAGGUGCUGCUCUGCGAGGCCCCGGGCAAGCGCGCGCAGCUGCUCAAGAAGUUCCUCAAGAUCGCGGCCAUCUGCAAGCAGAACCAGGACCUGCUGUCCUUCUACGCCGUGGUCAUGGGGCUGGACAACGCCGCCGUCAGCCGCCUGCGCCUCACCUGGGAGAAGCUGCCAGGGAAAUUCAAGAACUUGUUCCGCAAAUUUGAGAACCUGACAGACCCCUGCAGGAACCACAAAAGCUACCGAGAAGUGAUCUCCAAGAUGAAACCUCCUGUGAUUCCCUUCGUGCCUCUGAUCCUCAAAGACUUGACUUUCCUGCAUGAGGGGAGUAAGACCCUUGUCGAUGGUUUGGUGAACAUCGAGAAGCUGCAUUCAGUGGCUGAAAAAGUGAGGACAAUCCGCAAAUACCGGAGCCGGCCCCUUUGCCUGGAUACGGAGGCUUCCCCCCAUCACCUGCAGACCAAGGCCUAUGUACGCCAGUUCCAGGUCAUCGACAACCAGAACCUCCUCUUUGAGCUCUCCUACAAGCUGGAGGCUAAUAGUCAGUGAGAACAGAGGUGCUGGUCGGCGCCCCACCAAGGUCCUCGGGCACCUGGCACUCAAGCACUUUGCACGAUGUCCCAACCCACCCCUGACAUCUUUCCACUGGAGCAACUUCCUACCCCUCCGGAAAGAGUCAGAUGGACUUAACCCCUGGACUCAUAAGCCUGUUCAUCCUGCUGAAGCCCUCUCCCCCUUGCUCCUUCCAGCCAAAACCAUACUCUGCUGGUUCCUGCCCUUGCAGGGAAGGGGGGCAGAGUGCUCCUUCCUCUGUCUCCUCCCAUCGAGGUCUGUUCCAGAGAUGGAGUUUCCAACCUCCUCCCAAGCAGGCAGGAAAGCUGCCCACCCUCCUGUCUCACAGAGCGGAAUCGUGGGAGGGAUUGGCAGCCUUCCUUUCCCCCCCCCGUCCGGCCUUUCCCUGGUCAGGGCUGGGACCCCUGGAUGUACCCCCCUGGAAUAUUAUAUCGCCCUUGUGUCUG